AUGGAUGAGGACACAAUUCUACUGGAGGACCCUAGCGUGGAAUUUACCACCGGCUCCAAUGCGGAAACCACACUGUCACCUUCUACCUUCGAUCCUGUAACGAUCAUCACACAGCUUGUCACCGAAUCUACCAAACUUUUAACCUCUGCAACGAUGGAAACUACCUCCACUGUAGUCUCCACUAUAUCCAGUACUCCGAGUACGGUAGCAAUGGAAACGUCCACGGUCGCCAUCGAAACAACUACGGUAUCGGAUGGCUCAUCGAUCACUACUCCUGAGAGUAUCCUCAUAACUAGCACAAUGGCAUCGAUUACCGAAACACUUCUAUUCUCGUGGUUCGAUUACACGAUCUUCGCAUUGCUACUGCUGCUGUCUACGUUUAUCGGGGUUUACUUUGGAUUUUUGUCAAAAAUUAAGCAGAACAACAAGAAGGAGUAUCUGCUGGGUGGUAAAACGAUGAACAAAUUCCCCGUAUCGGCAUCCCUUAUUGCAAGUCAUAUCUCGGGAAUAACAAUGCUCGGUGUGCCUUCCGAGAUGUACAGCCAUGGAACACAGUACUGGAUGUUUAUUAUACCAGCGUUCACGGUUGCACUCCUAAUGAAAACGAUCUACCUACCGGUAUUCUACGACCUGCAGGUGACUUCCGCCUUCACCUAUCUGGAGCUGCGCUUUGACAAGUUUGUCCGAUCGGCUGCAAGUCUGGUGUAUGCGCUGCAGUGCCUCAUCUACAUCCCGAUCGUGAUCUACGUCCCGGCGCUCGCCUUCAGUCAGGUGACGGGAAUUAAUCUGCACGUAAUCACGCCCAUCAUCUGUGUGAUCUGUAUCUUCUACACCACCGUCGGAGGACUGCGAGCGGUCGUCUGGACGGAUACACUGCAGUUCGUGCUUAUGAUUGGAGCUUGUAUUGCUGUCAUCGUGCUGGGCAUCAGCUCAGUGGGAGAAUUCAUGGAAGUUUGGGAAGCUGCCGACCGUGGGAAGCGCCUUAUCUUUUUCAACAUGGACCCUAACCCUUUUGUACGUUCAUCGUUCUGGACUGUCUGCUUCGGACUAACGACACUCUGGGUCUCCAAUCUGGCAGUGAAUCAAGGCUGCGUGCAACGGUUCUUAGCCGUCCCAGAUCUUCGGGUGGCCAAAAAUUCCCUCAUCAUCUUCACCGGUGGUUUAAUCUUCGUCAAGAGUUGCUCCUGCUUUAUCGGGUUACUGAUCUACGCCAAGUACGAAACGUGCGAUCCCUUCUCCACGCAGAAGAUCUCCAAAAUUGAUCAAAUUCUACCGUACUACAUUAUGGACGUGGGCACAAAGAUUCCCGGGCUGCCGGGACUGUUUGUGUCCGGCAUCUUCUCUGCCGCCCUGUCGACGAUGUCCUCCGUGCUGAACACCCUAGCCGGUACCAUCUACGAGGACUUCAUACAGCAUCGAAUGCCAAACGCUAGCGAAAAGAAGGCAAGUAACAUCAUGAAGAUGUUGGUCGUACUGCUCGGCUUCCUGGUGCUCGGGCUCGUGUUUGUGGCCGAACGGAUGGGUCAGGUUAUGCACAUUGCCAUCGCGUCUUCGGGCGUCACGUCCGGCACCAUGCUGGGCAUGUUCUCGGCCGGUAUGAUUUCGAGGCGCAUCAACACGAAGGGUAUUAUCAGUGCGGCGGUUGUGUCGAUGGCAAUCACCGGCACGGUGAUGACGGGUGCCCAGCUGAAUCCUAAACCCCCGAUGCUUCCAUUGCGGACUGAUGGAUGUGAUGCGAAUGUUUUCACCAACAUAACCACCAUCUUGACGGAGACUAUCUCACAAGCGGCCGAAACGGACACGGUACCUCUAAUCUUCAAGCUAAGCUUUAUGCACUACUCACUGUUGGGUCUGAUUAGCUUCUUUAUCGUGUCGUUCGUUGUAAGCGAACUCACUGGUGGUGGUGACAUCGACGACGAACGGUUGCUGGCACCGUUUCUACGCAACUCGGACAAGCUGGAAAAGGAAAUGACACUGCUGAAGCACAACAUCAAGUAUGAGGAAAUCGAUAUGGCACUGCGGGAACUACAAAAACCAUCCGAUCCAGAGAAAAAAUAG